ACGGUGGCUGGCGCGGAUCAGGGUGGCGUGUGGCGCUGCAGCACCGGCUGGAAGGAGGGAGGAGGAUCCUUAAGAGUUCAGUGGCUGCGAGGCAUCACAGAGCAGGAAUGAUUGUGAACAGCCUCUCCCUGUGCUACCACAAUAAGCUCAUCUUAGCCCCGAUGGUUCGGGUGGGGACUCUGCCAAUGCGCCUCCUAGCCCUGGAUUAUGGAGCGGACAUUGUUUACUGUGAGGAGCUGAUUGACCUCAAGAUGCUCCAGUGCAAGCGAGUUGUAAACGAGGUGCUCAGCACAGUGGACUUUGUUGCUCCUGAUGACCGGGUAGUCUUCCGUACGUGUGAAAGAGAACAGAGCAGGGUGGUCUUCCAGAUGGUAAGAGACACCUCCCACUCCAGUGUUCAGCAUCCUCUCUGUUCCCUGGAAGUUCCUAAUUCACACUAUGUCUGCCAGUAUUGAAUGCCUGUACAUACCAUGCUGUACAAUGGUGGCAUCCUAUGAUUGACUUGAAUGUUUUCUAGAGAUCGGUUCUUGAUUGGGUACCAUGUUGGGGACUGUGGAAAUUAAGUUGUUGCAGUCAGUUUGAUGCCUGCAAUCUCAAACUUAUUUAAUUACGAAUUACCUGUUUGGCAUGAUUUCUGUAUUUUUUUAAUCAUUAGAACUGAUUAUUCUGAGCCGGGCGUGGUGGUGCACGCCUUUAAUCCCAGCACUUGGGAGGCAGAGGCAGGCGGAUUUCUGAGUUUGAGGCCAGCCUGGUCUCAAAGUGAGUUCCAGGACAGCCAGGGCAAUACAGAGAAACCCUGUCUCAAAAAACCAAAAAAAAAAAAUUUAUUUAUUAUAUGUAAGUACACUGUAGCUGUCUUCAGACACUCCAGAAGACGGCAUCAGAUUUUGUUAUGGAUGGUUGUGAGCCACCAUGUGGUUGCUGGGAUUUGAACUCUGGACCUUUGGAAGAGCAGUCGACGCUCAUAACCACUGAGCCAUCUCACCAGCCCCUUUAAAUAAAAUUUUAUUGCAUUACCUGUGUGUGUGUGUGUGUGUGUGUGUGUGUGUGUGUGUGUGUGUGUGUGUGUGUAUGUGUGUAUGCUUGGGCUAUAGUGUGUAUGUAGAGGUAAGGGGAUAACUUGCAAGAAUCAGUUCUGCCCUCUGUGUCCCAGUAAUUGAUCUCUCCUAAGUUGACAUUCUUGGCGGAAAGAGCCUUUUCCCACUGAGCAGUCUUGCUGGCCGCCACCUGGUUUUUAUGUGGGCGUCAGUGCUCUGAACUCUGACCUCGUGCUUGCAUAGCAAGUUCUUUAUUUACUGAGCCACCUCUCCAGCCCCUUGCAUUGUUUUUUAAUGUUUGAAAGUUACUGUGAUGUUAAUGAGAUUGUCUAGGCCUUCCAAGCCCAUCUUUUUCUUUGGUUGCUGAGUAAGUCUAGAGUACUGGUCUCUUAAACAAACAAACAAACAAACAAACACUGCUGAGUUACUGUUCCAGCCCUAAGUGGGCCUGAGUCUUAUACUUGCUGGCAUGUAUAUAUGCAUGCAUGCAUGCAUGUGUGUGUGUGUGUGUAAGAUACCAAUAGGUGUGUUUGUCUACAUGUGUGCACUUGUGUCAAGACAGGUUGAUGUAGCUUCUUGUGUUCCCAGGGGACUUCAGACGCAGAGCGAGCCCUUGCUGUGGCCAGGCUUGUGUAAGUUCUUCCCUCCGUGGGAAUGCCUCGUCUCUCCUGUAAGCUGUGAGACCUUCAUAGAAAAUGAUGUAGCUGGUAUUGAUGUCAACAUGGGCUGUCCAAAAGAGUAUUCCACUAAGGGAGGAAUGGGAGCCGCUCUGCUGUCAGACCCUGACAAGAUCGAGAAGAUCCUCAGCACUCUUGUUAAAGGGACACACAGACCUGUGACCUGUAAAAUCCGAAUCCUGCCCUCGCUGGAAGAUACCCUGAACUUGGUGAAGCGGAUAGAGAGGACUGGCAUUUCAGCCAUUGCAGUUCAUGGGAGGAAUCGUGACGAGCGACCUCAGCACCCGGUCAGCUGUGAAGUUAUAAGAGCCAUUGCUGAAACCCUCUCCAUUCCUGUCAUAGCCAACGGAGGAUCUCAUGACCAUAUCCAGCAACAUGUGGACAUAGAAGACUUUCGACAAGCCACGGCUGCCUCCUCUGUGAUGGUGGCUCGAGCAGCCAUGUGGAACCCCUCCAUCUUCCUCAAGGAUGGCCUUCGUCCCCUGGAGGAAGUCAUGCAGAAGUACAUCAGAUAUGCGGUGCAGUAUGAUAACCACUACACCAACACCAAGUACUGCUUGUGCCAAAUGCUGCGGGAACAGUUGGAGUCGCCCCAGGGAAGACUGCUUCAUGCUGCCCAGUCUUCCCAGGAAAUUUGUGAGGCCUUUGGCCUUGGUGCCUUCUAUGAGGAGACCAUUCGGGAGCUCGAUGCUCGGCGAGCUGACCUCCUGGCCAAGACUCCAGAGGCUGUUGAGGAGCCAGCUGAAGAUACUUCUGGCAUCAUUAAAAUGGCUAUCAGGUUUGACCGGAGAGCAUAUCCACCCCAGAUCACUCCCAAGAUGUGCCUGCUGGAAUGGUGUCGGAGGGAGAAGCUGCCACAACCUGUGUAUGAAACAGUUCAGCGAACUAUAGAUCGCAUGUUUUGCUCUGUUGUCACUGUUGCGGAACAAAAGUACCAGUCCACCUUGUGGGACAAGUCCAAGAAACUGGCGGAGCAGACUGCAGCAAUUGUGUGUCUUAGGAGCCAGGGCCUCCCUGAGGGUCGGCUGGGUGAGGAGAGUCCCUCCUUGAACAAGCGCAAGCGAGAGGCCCCUGACCAAGACCCUGGGGGCCCAAGAGUUCAGGAGCCAGCACUACCUGGGGAGAUAUGCAAGAAGCCAUUUGUAACCUUGGACAGUAGUGAGGAGAAUCUUCUGGAAGGCUGCUGACUCCUGCUCUGGCUGACAGUGUGUGGGACUGAUGUGAAGGGGUGAUGGGUGCCAGGACCUAAACCAGGUGCCCUUGGACAGUUUGCUGGCCGUUGACAUGCAAACCUAGAGGUCUUGGCCCAGGUCAUCAGUCUGAAACAAGUGCCAAGAAAUGCCCAAGGGUAAUACUGUCUCUCAUAUGUCUGAUGGCCAAUCCAAGUUCCUAAUGACCUGAGUGUGUCUUUGAAAAUGAGGUUUUUAGGCCUCACUUCCAACUUGACAUUGGUAUCGUGCAAUAAAGACUCUCACCCAAGGCCA